AUGUCUUCCCAGCCUCUCCUCCAAACCGCUCCCGGCAAGCGCAUUGCCCUCCCUACUCGCGUCGAGCCCAAGGUCUUCUUCGCCAACGAGCGUACGUUCCUGUCAUGGCUCAACUUUACCGUCAUCCUCGGUGCCCUAGCCAUCGGAAUGCUUAACUUUGGCGACCGAGUGUCUUUCAUCUCCGCCUUCCUCUUUACCGGCGUGGCCAUGUUGACCAUGAUUUACGCCCUGGUCACAUACCACUGGAGAGCAAAGUCUAUACGAGUGAGGGGGCAGGCUGGUUUCGACGACCGAUUCGGUCCCACUUUCUUGGCCAUCAUUCUGCUUUUGGCCGUCAUCGUCAACUUCGUCCUCAGGAUUAUGGACCAGUCCAAGAAGCAGAAGGAUCAGCCCGUGUACUAA